ACACUCCAGGGACAGCCCCGAGUUGCAUCCCUGCACGCCCGCCCAGCUGGGGGAUGGGGUGGUGGUUCGGUGGGUUGUGGGGUGGCUGUGUCUGGAGGGUGGCUGUCUUGCAGGGCACCGAGGCAUGUGCCAUGGGGGACUGGAGCCUGCUGGGGCGGCUGCUGGAGAGCGCCCAGGAGCACUCCACAGUGGUGGGGAAGGUCUGGCUCACCGUCCUCUUCGUCUUCCGCAUCCUGGUGCUGGGGGCAGCUGCUGAGCGGGUCUGGGGUGACGAGCUGUCUGGCUUCUCCUGUGACACGCAGCAGCCUGGCUGCCAGAACGCCUGCUACGACAGCACCUUCCCCAUCUCCCACCUCCGCUUCUGGGUCCUGCAGAUCAUCUUCGUCUCUACCCCCAGCCUCGUGUACCUGGGCCACAUCCUGCACCUGGUGCAUCUGGAGGAGAAGGCGCAGCAGCAAGCAGCAGCACGGGCCGGCAGUGGGGCCAGGCGGCAGCGCCCCAGACAGCCCCAGCUCCCUGCAGGCGACACACGGGGACGGGUCUGCAUGCGGGGGGCCAUCCUGAGGACGUACAUCUGCAAUGUCGUCUUCAAGGCUCUCUUGGAAGUGGGCUUCAUUGUGGGCCAGUAUGCCUUGUACGGGUUCCAGCUGAAGCCCCUCUACACCUGUAGCCGCUGGCCCUGCCCCAACACUGUGAACUGCUACAUCUCCCGGCCCACCGAGAAGACCAUCUUCAUCCUCUUCAUGCUGGGGGUGGCCUGCGUGUCCCUGCUGCUCAACCUGGUGGAGAUCUACCACCUGGGUCUCACCAAGUGCUGGCAGGGGCCAGGCCCCAAGUCACGCAUCCUGCCCAGUCCUGGUGGCCCUGCGGGGCCGCACAGCACCCGCAUCACCCUGCCUGGCAGUUGCAGCCCCAUGGCUGCUGGCAGACCCCCCCAUGGCCUGGCACCCCUGGGGAAGGCAGGUACAUGGCUGGGGGCGGCCAGUGGGUCCCAUGGGAAGGUGCGAGCGGCAGACCUGGCAGUGUGA